AUGGCGAGGCUGAGAAGGGAAGAAGCCACUAGACGCGCAGUGUCAUCCGACGACUCGGACUUCGCGCCAUCAAUGUCGGUCAACAAACCGGCCAAGCUGGAUUUGUCAACAGCUUCUGGAAGGAGGCAACUUAGGACGUCGCCACGGAAGAAAUCAGCGAAACAACACACCGCCGAUGAUGACUGCAGCGAUGUUGGAUCAGAUGUACCGGUUGGAUUCCCAACGUUGGUGCCCAAGACCACGUCCAAGAAGACACAGCUCGGCCGCCAGAUAGCGCUGAAACCACUCAACGCCUCGCCGUUUCCUCGGACCCUGCCAUUACUGCGACCGCUUGAUAUUCGACGACCCAGGAUACAGAAGCCGAUUCCUGCUUCGGAGAAGGCGAUCAGCGUUGAGCCCAACGAAGCCGACGCCUCUGUGAAGACGGUUGAGGAGGUCGAGAGUGAGGACAGCGUCGAGGUAGAGGAGAGCAUCUGGUGUGGGUCAAACCAUGAAUCAGAAGAUUCUGAGGAGGAGCUUCCGAGUCCGAGGAAGUUGUUCGCGCCUAGAGGGCCUCUUGUGUUGUCAUCGAAGCCUGGCCUACAUCCGCCGGCAGAUGUUGCGCCCCUUCCGAAUGCCCGUCAACCCCGGCCUUACGUGCUUGACAGUGACAGCGACUCGCGAUCCGCGAUCAAGCUGAGCAGCGACGUCAAUGUACAUUCACGACCGGGAAGCUCAUCGGACAAGGAGAACACUGCUGCGAUUCUACGAUUCUCUCCUCCCAGAUUAUAUUCGCCGGCAAAGUUCAGCCCGCACGAGAGGCCAACAACUCCACCUCAAUCACCGACCAAAUCUCGUCUACAGUCACCAUCCAAGCCAAAAGCACGUAUUCCCACUCCACCUCUACGGCAGAGCCUGGACGCUUUCUGGAACGCAGACACCGUUAACGAUUGGAACGAACAGUACUCGCCUAAGAAGCUACUGAAGUCUCCUAAGAAGCUCCAUUUCAUACAAGAUGACUCGUUCCAACCACCCUCGUCGCCUCGAAAGCCGCAAAGUCCCUCCAAACGCACCAAAGGCGAGCGAGAUGCCAAGAAGUCAUUCGAAACUGCCAAACACCAGUUGGCCGAAUCUUUCCUCGCCGAACUCGACCAACGCAUCACCCAAGGCAAGAUCUCCCACCUCUCAGCCUCUACAGGCGGCGUCCGCCUCAUCUGGAGCAAGACCCUCAACUCCACCGCCGGCCGCGCCAACUGGCGCAAAGAAACCACCAAAUCCCGCCAACUCGACGGCACCACCACGGCGGUCGCGAAACACUUCGCCUCCAUCGAGCUUGCCGAAAAAGUCAUCGACGACUCCCAUCGCCUCCUCAACGUCCUGGCCCACGAGUUCUGCCACCUCGCCAACUUCAUGGUCUCCGGCAUCAAAGACCAACCGCACGGCAAGCAGUUCAAAGACUGGGGCCGCAAAUGCACGCAAACGUUCGGCGACAGAGGUGUCGAAGUGACGACGAAGCAUAGCUAUCAGAUCGAAUACAAGUUCGUCUGGCAGUGCGCGAAUGAGAUGUGUGGGGCGGAGUUUAAGCGGCAUUCGAAGAGCAUUGAUCCCGCGAGGAAGGUUUGUGGGGGUUGUAAGGGGAGGUUGGUGCAAAUUAAGCCGGUGCCGAGGAAACAGGAGGGUGGAGGGGAUUAUGCGGGUUUUGUGAAGGAGCAUUUUGCCCAGGUGAAGAGAGGGAUGGUGGGGGCGAGUCAGAAGGAGGUUAUGGAGGCUGUGGCGAGGAACUAUAGGGCUGAGAAGGAGGCAAAAAGCGCCGGUGGUGCUGGUGGGAAGACUGAUGAAGUGUUGGAGAAGUUGGCUAGUAAGGUCGAGGUCAUUACCCUGGACGACGAUUGA